GCCUUGUACAGAGACAGACAGCACUAGUGGAAGGCAGCCCAUCUGGUGACCGGUGGGUACAGUACGCCUGUUGACCCCAAGUCGUUGCCGUUUCUUCCCCGUCAGCCUAAGCCAGCACAAUUGCACAAUCUCCUCCAGCUGAACAACCCAUGCAUAUAUACAUCCUCCUUUCUCCAAUUAAUCCAUCCAUACUCCUCUUCUCCAUGGCUCCCAUCUACACAUUGGCAUUACUGGGCGCCCUUCUUCUCCUCCUGCAAACUCCUCCAUGCUCCUCCGCGACCACUGCAAAUGGUGAUACUCUCACGGCAGGCCAAGCGCUCACGGUCGGGGACAAUCUCGUCUCAAAGAACGGCAAGUUCGCGCUCGGCUUCUUCCAGUUCCAGGCAGCAAGCAGCAACGUCAGUAAGUCCAAAAACACCACCACCUCCCCCAACUGGUACCUUGGCAUAUGGUUCAACAAGAUACCGGUUUUUACUACCGUGUGGGUUGCUAAUCGGGAGAAACCAAUCACCGACCCCAAAAGCAACUCAACACACCUCACAAUCUCAAGGGAUGGCAAUCUUGUCAUCCUACACCAUGCCGUUGUAAUCUGGUCCACCAAGAUUGUUGUUACCAAUAGGACAGCACGAACCAAUAGGACAAACACCACUAGCGUAGUUCUCAUGAACAGUGCAAACCUAGCACUCACAGAAAGUCCAUCGUCAUCUGAUGCACCGUUGUGGCAGAGCUUCGACUACCCAACAGAUGUUGUGCUUCCUGGCGCCAAGUUUGGCUGGAACAAGCUCACCGGUUUGAACCGCCGGGGCAUCUCAAAGAAGAGCCUCAUUGAUCCAGGGCUCGGCUCCUAUAGUGUUGAGCUAGAAACCAGUGGCAACGGGAUAAUCCUCAAGCGCCGCAAACCCUCAGUGAUGUAUCGGAAUUAUGCACCCGAAUCCUCAUCAAUAUUGAAACUCAUGCCAAGAAUUAUCAAGCUUCUUCAAUUGGAUCCGCUUUCCAAAGCUUUGAUCCUCCCACAAUAUCAUAAUGACACAGAAGAGGAGUAUUACAUGUACACUUCACCGGAUGAGUCAUCUUCCACAUUUCUCUCACUAGAUGUCUCCGGUCAGAUCAAGCUGAAUAUUUGGUCACAAGACAAGCAAUCUUGGCAACCCAUAUUGGCCGACCCUAUUGAUGUCUGCACUCCGGCUGCUACCUGUGGACCUUUCACGGUCUGCAAUGGCAAUGCACAGCCACCAUGUGACUGCAUGGGGAGCUUCUCUAAGAAGUCGCCAUGGGAUUGGCAGCUUGAGGAUCGAACAGAGGGAUGCAUCAGAAAUACACCGCUAAAUUGCACCAAUAACAAGAACACGACAAGUUCAACAGACACAUUCCACCCCAUUGCUCGGGUUACACUGCCCUACGACCCGCAGAGCAUAGACGCUGCUGCCACUCAAAGCAAGUGUGAGGAAGCCUGUCUCGGUUCCUGCUCUUGCACUGCUUAUUCCUAUAACAAUAGCAUAUGCUCUGUCUGGCAUGGGAAGCUGCUUGGUGUAAGUCUGAAUGAUGGCGUUGAAAUUAAUUCUGAAGAUAUCCUUUACCUUCGCCUUGCCGCCAAAGAUCUGCCAACAAGUCUGCAAAAGGAUAAAAGAAAACCAAAUGUUGGAGUUGUUACUGCUGCUAGCAUUACAAGUUUUGGGUUACUAAUGCUCAUGCUGUUAUUAGUGAUUUGGAGGAACAAACUCUGGUGCUGUGGUUCUCCAUUGCACGGCAAUCAAGGCACUAGUGGGAUUAUAGCGUUUAGAUACACCGAUUUAGCUCAUGCUACUAAAAACUUCUCUGAAAAGCUGGGAGGUGGUGGUUUUGGUUCUGUAUAUAAGGGAGUGCUAAGUGAUUCAACUACAGUAAUAGCAGUGAAAAGGCUUGAUGGUACCCGUCAGGGAGAGAAACAAUUCAGAGCCGAGGUGAGCUCAAUUGGACUAAUCCAACAUAUCAACCUAGUCAAAUUGAUUGGUUUCUGCUGCGAAGGUGGUAAUAGGUUACUUGUGUAUGAACACAUGAAAAAUGGAUCUCUUGAUGCUCACAUAUUUAAGAGCAAUGCCGAUGUCCUAAAUUGGAACAUCAGGUACCAGAUAGUCAUAGGAGUUGCUAGAGGACUAUCCUACUUGCAUCAGAGUUGCCGCGAGUGCAUCAUACACUGUGAUAUUAAGCCAGAAAACAUACUUCUCGAUGCGUCAUUUUUCCCUAAGGUUGGAGACUUUGGAAUGGCAGCAUUCGUGGGAAGGAAUUUUAGCCGAGUUCUGACUACAUUCCGAGGAACCAUAGGCUAUCUUGCCCCAGAGUGGCUUAGCGGAGUUGCUGUUACACCAAAAGUUGAUGUUUAUAGCUUUGGCAUGGUAAUGCUGGAAAUCAUAUCAGGAAGGAGGAAUUCACCUGAAGCAUAUAGUGGCAGCGGUGAUCAUGUUGAAUAUUUUCCAGUGCGAGCCAUUAGCAUCCUUCAUGGGGGAAAUGUGCAGGGCUUGGUGGAUCCACAAUUACAUGGCCAAUUUGAUUUGGAACAGGCUGAAUUGGUUGCCAAAGUAGCAUUAUGGUGCAUCCAAGAUAAUGAGUUCAAUCGACCGACGAUGAGUGAAGUGGUUCUGGUUCUUGAGGGUCUCCAGGAGAUUGAUAUGCCCCCGAUGCCAAGACUACUUGCAGCUAUAACUGAACGCCCUGGUUCGGCUCUAAUGUAAUAUUUUACAAAUAUAUUUCACAAUUGAUGUUAUUAAUAUUUAUUUUAUCAAAUUCAAAAGUUGUAUUGUUGAGCGGAAGGAAUACAGGAAGCUAAGCUUGCAUUUGCUAAA